AUGUUUUAAUAGAAUUAGUUUAACUAAAUAGAUGUCGGCACAAUAAUAUCAGCACCUUCAGGAUAGUAUACUAAUAGAUAGUUUAAAUUGUCAAAACUCUUAGGAUAAGGAUCAGAGGGUAGUGUUUAUGAAGCAAUUCCAAUAAAUUGGUGUUUAAAUUAGAAUAAAGUUGCUUUAAAAUUCUCAACUUUUACUAAAGAUUAUGCUAGAUAGUUUUAUAAACAAAUUAUAGAUUAUUAGAAUACAUAUGAAAAUUAUAAUAGCUCUAAUUAUCAAGCUUCAAACAUUAUAAGAAUUUAUGAUUUUUUUGAUUAUUCUUUUUAUUUAGUUUUAGUAAUGGAAUUAGGAAAUAUUGACCUAUUUAAAUAUAUGGAAUAGAAUAAAAAAAUAUUAUCAAUUUAGUAAAAGUAAUCAAUUUGUUUAUAAGUAUUAAAUUUAUUUUUAUUAGAUUUUAUAAUCAAUAGUCUUUUUACAUAAAUAAAAACUAGUUCAUAGGGAUAUCAAACCAGAAAAUUAUUUAUUUAUUGACCAAUAAGUUAAAUUAAUUGAUUUUGGAUUUAUUAAGUUCUUCAAUCAAGAUGAAAUAUACAUGACUAAGUUUGUUGGUACAAAGUUUUAUCAAGCACCUGAAUUAAUUGAAGGAAAAUCAGAUUAUACAAUGUCUGUUGAUGUUUGGGCCAUGGCUUUUGUGUUUUAUGAAAUUAUUUCAGGAUAGAAAUUGCUUGAAAGUAAUUAAUCAAAAUAUUUAAUAGCAAUAAAUACACAUGAGAUAGAAAAAUUAAUCUUAAAUCAUAAAUUAGAUCAAUCCUCAUUAUUCAAUAAAAUUGAGAGACUUAUGAUUUCUAACAAAUGGAAGCAAACAAUCAAAAGCAUGCUUCAUCCAGAUCCUUAUCAAAGAAUAACUGCAAAUGAUGCAUAAGAUUUGUUGAAAAAAAGUGAAAUAGUAUAACCAUCCCUCCAAGCACAAUAAAAUCAAUUCCAAUAAAAUCUAUUACAAUAAAAUCAAGGCCAAUAGAAUUUAUCGCUAUAAAAUCAAGGGCAAUAGAAUCAAUUCCAAUAAAAUCAAGGGCGAUAGAGUUUAUUGCAAUAAAAUCAAGGGCAAUAGAAUCAAUUCCAAUAAAAUCAAGGGCAAUAGAAUUUAUCGCUAUAACAUCAAGGCCGAUUCACUCAAAAACAACAAAAUUCAGUGCAAUCAUUUUAGCACUAUUCAAGUACUAAAGACUAAGUAAAUUUGUUAAAUGAAACCAAGAAUUUUAUUUAAAUAUUAAAGAAUUGGAUAAAUAUCAACUCACUAUAAUAAGAUAAAGAAUAAACCAUGUAAAUUAUUUUUGAAUUUGAAAAUUUGAUAGCCUAAGUUGAAAAGAAUUUGGGUAACUAAUAAUAAGUGAUGUAAACAAUAACUUAACAAUUAGCUUAAUAAAUGAAGUAACAAUAUGCCAAUUAGGAUUAUGAUGCAAUUUAGAAUAAAAUAAAUGAAAACAACGAACUAAUUUGUGAAAAAUUAAAAAUUUAAAAGGCUUUAGAAAAUUUGGAGAAAUCCAAAAAAUAACUUGAAUAAUAUAAGAAUUUAAAUUAUUAAUUAGAGGAAUUAAUAAAAGAGAAUUAAGAAGUAGAAAAACAAAUAUACUAUCAAGAUUCACUGAAAAAAAAAAUAUCAGAACUAACAAAAAAAAUUAAUGAAGAAAAGAAAAAUAUAGAUCAAAAUUAAAUUAGCAUUUUAGAAAAUUAAAUAAAAAUUUAUGAAACAGAAAAUUUAAAAUAAGAAACCUAAAAAUAAAAGUAUGAUAAAUUAUAGCAGGAAAUUCAAAAUCUCAAAAAUCAAAUAGAAAAAUCCAAUAAUGAAAUAAUAGCUUCUAAAUUCGAUUAGUUAUCUUCACUAUAUUCAAAUUUAUAAGAAGAAAAAUAAAAAUUAGAAAACAAAAUAAAUUAUUUUUUAGAAUUACCUAAUCAAAUACAAGAACUUUAAGAAAGUAUUUAAUAGUUGACAGCAAAAAUUUAUAUGGGACAAAAUUAUCAAAAUGAAUUGAAUUCUUUAAAAAAUGAAGAAUAAAUAUUAAAAGAAUAGUAAAUUGAUAUUGAAUAAUUAAAAAAAUAAAUAGAAGAAAAAAGAAAAGCAAUUGAAAACUUAAAAAUUUAAUAGUCGAUUUAAUAAUAAUAAUAACAAAAGAAUAUAAAAUUAGAUUAAGAAUUAAAUAAAUUUAAGAUUUAUCAAAAUAAUAAAUAGUAAUAGUUAUUUUGA